UCAUAACCCUCUUCCGGAAGCGGGCGGAAGAGGUGGCUGCCAUGGCAACGGUGUACACAGCCCUGGCACCGCUGCGGCCGCCCUUCGCCCCGGCCCGGCCGAGGCGGGACACAGAUCGUUUAUUUGAAGACUGUCUCCCAAUCUGAAGAGAUUGUGAGCAUGGAAACUUAGCACCAUUUUGGAUUCCACAGCAGUCAUGUGUUGCAAUCACUGAGAUCACCUGGGAAGAGUACAAGGAGCCCACAUUACCUUUACCAGUUAGUAUGUAUCUAGUAAGAAAGAGAGUCCACGCAUUCGUGCGAGUCAAGCCAACAGCUGAUUUUGCUCAAGAUAUGAUCAAGUUUGGGCCAGAUAACAAGAGCAUAGAGAUUUGCCUCAAAAAAGAUGCCAAGAAAGAAGCUAUGAAUAGCAGGCAGACCAGCUGGAGCUUUAGGAUGGAUGGCAUCCUUCACAACACCUCCCAGGAACAGCUUUAUGAGACAGUGGCAAAGAAAUUGGUGUCCGAAGCUUUAAUUGGUUAUAAUGGCACGAUAAUGUGCUAUGGGCAAACGGGGGCUGGUAAAACUUACACCAUGAUGGGAGCAACUGCUGAUUACAAGCAUCGAGGAAUCAUACCACGAGCUAUACAGCAGGUCUUCAAAGCAACUGCACAAUCCACUGAUCCACUCAUCACUGUUCGAAUAUCCUAUCUGGAAAUCUACAAUGAGACCUUGUUUGACCUUCUGUCCAACGUGACAAGCGAUGGGAGCAGUGACAUGCAGAUGGCUAUUGUGGAUUGCCCAGAAGGGGUUUAUGUGAAGGGCUUAUCUAUACAUAAAAUUAGCCUCGAAGAAGAUGCUCUAAGUCUCCUUUUUGAGGGUGAGAACAAAAGAGUAAUAGCAGAGCAUGCACUGAACAAGCAUUCGUCCAGGUCCCAUUGCAUCUUUACUAUUUACAUUGAGUCUCGUUUCAGAUUUUUCUCAGACAUCAAAUGUGUUAACUCUAAGAUCAACUUAAUAGAUCUGGCAGGCUCAGAGAGACAGAGCAAGUCUGGAUCUGAAGGACAGCUUUUGAAGGAGGCCACGUACAUCAACAAGUCUCUGUCAUUCUUGGAGCAAGUCAUCACUGCCCUGGCUGAUCCUAAGAGGGACCACAUCCCCUUCCGGCAGAGCAAGCUCACUUACGUCCUCAAGGACUCCCUGGGGAGAAACUGCAAUACUGUUCUAGUGGCAAAUGUCUGUGGGGAAGCUGCGCAUGUGGAACACACUUUGUCUUCUCUUCGGUUUGCUAACAGAAUGAAAUGGGUCACGACAGAGCCAGUCCUCAAUGAGACAUAUGACCAAGAGGGGACAGUGAAGGCUUUGGAGAAGGAGAUUGCUUUUCUGAAGCAGGAACUGGCCGUACAUGACAGCUUGGCAAAUCGUUCUUUGGUGACUUAUGACCCUCUGUCUCACGUCCAGAUAGAAGAGAUUAAGUCUCAAGUCCAUAGAUACCUAAAAGGAGCCAUUGAUGAAAUUGAUAUAGUGAACCUCAGGCAAAUCCGGGAGGUAUUCAGGCAGUUCAAACUGAUUUUAAGUCAACAGGAGUGUGAAGUGGAGGCGAGAUUACGAAGCAAGUACGCUCUGAUAGACAAAAAUGACUUUGUUACUAUUGCUGCUCUUCAUAAGGCAGGUGUAGUUGAUGUGGAUGGCCAUUUGGUGCACGAAGAGGAUGAGCAGGCUUUUGACACCAGCACUGCUCCUUCAUCCAGACAUGGUAGGAAGAAGAAAUCCAGAAGGAAUGGUGAGACAUUCAGGAAGGAAGGAAUGAGGAGCAAUCUUUCUUGGAAAGAUGUGGAAGGGGAUUUACCAUCAAAAAGUCAGGUCAUGUUUUCCACUAAGGAUCUGGACGUGAAAGAGGUACCAAGGGACCAGGAUACAGGAAAUAUUGAUGCAGAGCUCUCAAAGCCAUCUCCUGUGGAGGAUUCCCAGCAGCCCAGCUCCCCUCCACCCAAGCCAGCAGCAUUUGAGAUGUUUAAGGCAGAGUAUGGAAGUGAGAUCAGCCGGAUCUUUAAAGAGAACAAAUGCAUCCUACUUGACAGGAAGAAGAGAAGAAGUACAGUAACACAGAAGAUCAACUCCAUCAAGCUUGAGAUGGAGAGCAUCGAAAAGGCUCUGGAGGAUCAGCAGCAGGAGCGGUGGCAGCAGGGAGAGUAUGUUGAUGAGAAAGGACACAUCAUAAUUGAUGAGAAGGAGUUUUUACUCAUCAUGAAGCUGAAGGAGCUGAAGGAAGAGUACAGGUCUAGUUAUGCUGAACUGCAGGACCUGAAGGCAGAAAUUGAGUACUGCCAGGAUCUGGUGAACAAAUGCCGGAAAAGACUAAUCUCAGAGUUUGAGAUCUGGUACAACGAGUCUUUCCUUAUCCCCAAGGAUGUGCAGGAAGCUCUGAAGCCUGGUGGCAACAUCAGACCUGGAAUGAUUCCCAUAAACAGAGUCAUGUGCCUGGAGGAAGAUGGUCAGGAGAGGUUUAAGCAGAUGCAGGAGACAAUGCUGCCGGCCUGCCCAGCUUCAGUCCCCUUCUACAAGGCGAAAAUGAGAACUGAUCAAAAGCACGUGUACAGCAAAACCAUGUCAUCCCUAGAGCAAAUGCGCAAGAAACCGGGGCUCAUCCCAGCUGCUGGGAAGAAUAAAACCAUGUCGUUUCUGCAUGUCACAUAGCAGAUUUGGGCUCAGCCUGGAACCCAUAAGCAACACCAGCUCAAAAGAUGCCUCAUGUUCAUAUCCAAAUAGAUUUAUCAACAAUAAACAGUAGGAAAAAAACCCCACCACCUAACUUUUGUACAGCUAGACUGACAGUUAUUGGUAAUCAAACCCACUGUUUAGACAGGCAGCAAGCCAAGGGUUCAAAUAGCAACGCUUGUUUAUGACACCCUCCCCACCCCAAUGCAGCAGGACUAGGGCAUUUUUUGCCCACCACUUUCCGGGAAGGUGAUUCGGACUCAGAGUGAGACCAUGGUGCCCAGCAACUGAAAAGCUCCAGGGCAUAUUGUGCUGCUUAGCCAGGCUACUGUUAUCUUUGCCCAUGAAGCAGAGUGUGCUGAAGGCCUGCUGGAAGUCCUCCUCUUCCUCAGAAGAGGUGGGAAGCUGCUUCCAGCUCGGCACAUGCCAGGGGAGUUUGUGUACCAAAUAUCCAGCCAAAAGAAUCCCACCUUCUCCUACUGCUGCCAACAGGCAGCCAUCAGUGUCAGCUCCCCUGUUGCUCCCCUCUAUGCCCAUACCACAGGCUCUGAGGAGCAAUAUAUGGAUGUGGGCCCAUAUAUACAUAUAUAUGCAUGCUGUGCCAGCUGCAGGCUUGGCCUAAAGGAGCUCCAGGGUCUGGCUUCUUCUUGGGUAUUCCACUUCUUGUCUCUUCAAGGAAUAAAAAGAGUCAGCUGUGAUUUUUGUGUCUACCGUGUGUUUUGGGUGGCCCUUCGCCACUGCAGCUGAUGGGUGCAGGGUCCAGUCUGCAUUCGGAACUGCUGCAGGCAGGAUUUGCUUCUUUAUCCCUCUGGGAGGUUGCGGAACCCCGAGAGCUUCAGAAUUAUUUGGGGAGCUUGAAGAAUAACACUGAAGACCCCCAAAUGCAGCACCUGUGAUCUGUGGCUGUUAGCAAUGUCCUGGCCAAAGCCUGGCAAAUCACCAGGAUUAUUGGAAAAGCCACUGGCAUGUGGCUUGGAGCGAUUGGGCAAUGCUGGCUGAGCCCCACUGAGUGAUGGGACAGAGGACAAAGAGCCCCUGCUGCUAGAACUGGCACCAGCCACAGCAGGAGCAUCCCUGGAUUCACACAUCCCAGGUCAAAGGUUUUCCACACGCUGCCUCCCCAUUUACACGGAACUCUGGGAAAUUAAUUAGUCCAAGCUGUUUGAUUUAAUUUGUUGCAGCUCACUCCUGUUACAGCAACGGCACCUGCUCCCCAGGAGUGCUGUGGGUAACAGCCUAGAAAUCCCCUUCUCGUGUAAUUACCAAUUUCCAAAGGCUUAUCAAGCUUCUGGAAAUUCAACCCAGCCUUAACUUCCCAAGAAAACUCUUCCACACAAACUGAGCUCCAUC